UUCAUAACACUGGGUCGUGUCCGUGUCUGCUCAGUCCGUGUUCGUGAUCCGUAAGACAGGCGUUGAAUCGGGAGGCGCAGGAGAAGGAAAAAAAAAAGCGUGUGCGAAGAAUCGAACCCUGGAUGCUACAGGCUUCAGGGAACAGUUGGGUGGAAUCAAAGUAGGCAACCAAAAAAAAAGGGAGUAGGGGAAGAUUUUACUUUUUGGUGGUUCGCGAAAAGAGGGUUCUUCACAGAAGGAAAAUUCUUUAGGCGAGUGAAAAGUAUGUGUUUAUGAUGAUGAAGAAUUUGGUGCGGUGAUAAGUUAUUGAAUCUCGCGGUCGAUAAUCUGUGGUUUCCCGAUGCGUGAACCGCGAAUGGCUAGCGCAAAUACCAUGAAUUGUGGCAAAUAGUCUUCGCUAGGAAAGGUUUAAUUGCGAGGUGGUUGUGGUUUUGCGGUGAUCGAACAAAUUUUCCGUGGAAAAUUCAAUUCGAGUGAGGCAAGAAUUUGGUUUGGCUCGUUCGGAGCAUUCUAUUCUGUUUCUAACGUCAGUGGAAGAUUUCGAUCCGUAAGCAGAGAAGAAAAUUCCAUUCCAAGUCCUUCGUUUCAAGGAAAGGGCGUGAUUCCUGCUUGUUGAAGCUCCAUUCUCCGAGGGACGACGUCAGAUGGGUAUGCCAAUCUUUAAGGCCCGUUAUAUGUAAAGCCAAAACUAGUCGAAAAAGAAGAAAUAAAGGAUUUCAUGUGAAGGAAGGAGUGCCCAAACACACGAAAGGGUCACUUUCAACGACGACAAACAGCAAAAAAACGCUCCAAACCCGAAAAAAAGUUUCCCAACCAGCUUUGGGGCAGAAGAAAAGCCGGACGGAAAAAGCCAAACAUCACAAACAUCAGGAUGCUGUUUGUUUAGGAAUUGUUUGCCAACACCUUUAUGCAUUAGCAUCCACAAAAUGACGCUCAUCUGGUCCUGGUUGUUCAUCCUGGCCCUGAUAGUUCCGGAUCUUUCGUCGAGCCUGUUGCACUGCCCGUCCCGGUGCCAUUGCGAUGACGAAAAGUUGGACGUGAACUGCGAGGAAGGGCACCUGGAUGUGGUUCCCAUAGCGCUGAACCCAUCCAUCCAGCGGUUGGUCAUCCGGAACAACAAAAUCCGGAUCAUCGAUUCUUCGGUUCAGUUCUACUCGGAACUGACGCUUCUGGAUUUGAGCUACAAUUAUUUGUUUAAUAUUCCGGAUAGAACGUUCGCCAGGCAGAGUAAACUGCAGCAGCUCCAUUUGAACCACAAUAAGAUCAGUGUGGUUUCGAACAGAACGUUUGUCGGAUUGGGGGAGUUGCUGGUGCUUAACUUGAGGGGAAACUUGAUUGAUCAGAUUGAGGCGCUGUCUUUUACUCCGUUGGCAAAGCUGGAGGAGCUAAAUCUGGGACAGAAUCGGAUUACUAGUUUGGGGCUGUCUGUGAAAGGGCUGGUGGGGGUGGGAGAUUUAAAGAUUUUGUAUCUGGAUGACAAUCGGCUGGAGGAGGUUCCGGAGGAGGAUUUCUGGCGCCCGGUUGAGAAACUGGCCGAGCUGUAUGUGGGAACGAAUAUGUUGGCCAGGGUGAAGGAUGGGGCUUUUGCGGUAAUGUCCGAAUUGACUUUGCUCGAUUUGAGAAGCUCGUUGCUGACCAAUGUUAGUACCGACACAUUUGCCGGAAUCGAGAAUAUCAAAGGCCUAAACCUGGCCGACAAUCGGUUCCAGAGGGUUCCAUCGAAGGCGUUGGCAAUUUUGAGACGACUGGAGGAGCUAUCGAUUGGACAGAACUAUUUCGAAACGCUUCCGGCAAAUGCUUUCCGGGGAUUAUCGAAUUUGAAAAGAUUUGAGCUGAGAGGUUCACUGUAUUUGAAUCGAAUCGACCGAGCUGCUUUCCAAACGAACACUAAUCUGGAGAGCAUUGCCAUCGACUCGAACAAGGCCCUGAUGGAGAUGGAGGAGGGAACCUUUGCCGGGUUGUUAUUCCUGAAACAUUUAAGCCUCAGAAAUAAUGGGUUCCAACGGUUGGACGAGUCCAUGUUCUCCUGGAACAACCUGCGAACGUUGGACAUUUCGGAUAAUCUGAUAAAUUGUGAUUGCUACUAUUCGAAGCUGUUGCACCGACUGCAAACGGCCAGCCGGAUUAGCUACAAUGCCACCGGUUGCCCGCAUCAUCUGCCGGAUCAGUGGGAGUGCGAGUACAUCCUGGACAAGAACAAGAACCUGAUCUCGGUGCUGGUCCUGGCGGUGGCCAUCGUGACGGCCAUCGCGCUCACUUUUUACCGGUUCCGGGGGCUGCUGCGGGAGUAUGUCCACAAUGGGUGCAAGAACAAAUCACAUGGCUCAGGCGGGGGUGGCGGACACGGAACCGGAACUGGCGCCGGUGCCGGGGGAUUGGACACGGUGGAUUACGAGAAGGCCAUCAGCACCGGGGACGACGAUUAUGUGUUUCGGCAGAGCAAUCUGUACAGCAACCACCAGGUGCAGCCAAUCCUGAAUGGGUACCCAAGCUACAUGCAGCAGAAUAAUGUCUACAACUACCAGAAGCCGCUGCCGAUUACCGAGUUAUAGUACUGAAGAUUGGUGGAACCGGUUGGGGAGCUGGGGGUGUAAAUUAAUUCGAAUGGCUUGUUAGGAUAAGCCGAUAUGCGUGAAUGAGAAACGGUGUGGGUGGGUGAUUGGGCGAACGAAAGUGUUUGUGCGUUCGAGAUUGAAGGAUAAACUGAGAGCGAGUGCGUUUAGAAGAGGACUCUUGAUUUUUGUGUGGAAAUGGCAGCACGUGACAAAAGUGACACCGCAGGCUUUUGGGGGAAAAUCCUUGUGCGAUCAGCAGCGACCGGAAUCGGAAGAAUUAUUCCCGACGGAGUUUAUCGAAACUAAGUGGUGCCGGUCAAAGAUAAAACAAACACAUCGUUUGGUUUUGGAUUGCGAUUUGAAAUCAGUGAUAUUUUUUUUAUAAUUUACAUCCUUUUGAUGGAUUCAUCCCUAAUAAAGUCCAGAAAAAAUAUUAUAUUGCCUACAUAUAGGCGUUUAUAUGAUUUUCGCAGUCUUUAACCAAAGGGUCAUAGCCGUAGGAGCAGAGGGUGGUUUUGGGCGUUGAACCCCCCACUCCAUGAAAGUCUAGAAUUCAAGCAAUGUAAGCACAUGAUUUUGGUUUUUAUGCUGAAUUUUAGUCACUUCAAUCGAAUUAACUCGAUUGCAUUCAUACAGGAUUGGUCAACAAGAUCCGAAAGUUCAAGUGCUAGAAAAAAGGGACAUAAAAAUUUGAAAAAUCAUUUAAAACAGCUUGUCUGUGCCCAAAAGCUGCACAGGCAAAUUAGAUGUUGUCCGAUUUUUUCCAAUGGUUGCACAUUUUUAAAACCUUCUUAAGGCUUAGCCACUAUGUGGUCAAAGAGUGGAAGCUUUUUUAUGAGAACUUCUAGUUCAAAUGAAAUCCAAUAUAGAGACGGCCCCUUUUGAGGAGGAUUCAUAUAAACCGUCCAAUGAACAAUGGGAAAAUUCGGACCCGAAAUCGAAAAAAUACGAAGCCGUUGGUUUGAGAGUUUGGAAUAGUAUUUUUAUCACACGUAAAAUUUCCUGCCGCUGAAUUUAACCGGAGCCAUCUGAGUGAAGUGUUAUUUGACCUUAUUUGCCCAGUAUUGAGCUUUUUUCUGUAUAUUUCCUACCAACAUCGAAUUUUGUGUCAUCUAAAUUCCUUAGAAUGAACGGAAAGGUAUUUUAAACUUUUUUUAAAGUGCAUAUUUACUGGUGAAAGGAUAAUUGCCCCCCUUUACCCUUGUGAAGAAGAUGGUAUUUUAAAAAAGGCUUGGACUCACUUGGCAGUCGAUCAAUUUUUACGUAAUAAAUAUCAAUUUAAAGCUUAAAAAUGGACUCAACCACGCCCAAAGUUUCAGAUCGUCUGAUUUAUUGAGUAUAUCUUUUCAAAAAGUUAAUUUAUUUGGAAUAUUUUUUCAAUGAAAGUGGGUUUGUUUUGAUCUAAUUAAGUUUAAAAAAUUAUGACUGUUUAUUUUUCUGAAUAAUAUGGGCCAAAUAAAGCUUGUCUGUCUUUAAAAUACACAAAAAUGUUUUUGAACGAGUUUAAUAUGUUCAAAACUUUAAUUUUUAAAUUUGAUGAUUGAAAAAAUAUUUUCAUGGAAACAUGAAUUGUCUUGGAAUAAAGGUUUAUAUUGAAAAUCAACAUAGAGCGCAUAAAUUAUGAAAAUCCUGAUUGGAAAUCAGUUAAUUAGAGCACAAAAAUUACUAACAUUUAUAUCGUAAAUAUCCAAAAAAAAUGUCAUAUCAAAAGACCAUCCGAGUUUUUUUUUCAUGUAAUGAAAUCAAUAAAGUAUGGAAAUUUGUACGAUGAAGAUAUUUUUGCUUAUGAAAUCAUCCAGAAAAUUCAAAUAAGCUUGAAAUGAAUUUUGUAAUUCUAAGAUAUUUAUUUUACCUAUUCUUAAGCUUCAUCUUUUACCAACAUGAGAAGAAGCAAAGAAUUGAAAAAAAAAGUUUAAACCAUUUAAAAAAAUGGGAAUCUAUUUCAAAGAAUUGUAAAAUUGCAGGCUAGCAGGAGCUUUCAAUAAUUUCAUGAUAGUUUUUGCAAAAGUUUUAUUAAUCAACACACUCAUUGGUUAUCCAAAUCAGUUAAUUGCGAUUUUUUAUUUUCAUCCUACGGUUAAAAAGCUUUCAAAUUAGCAAUCAAAAACACUACAAAUUUUUUUUUUUAAAUGUUUUGUAUGACAUCGAAUAUUAAUUAUGGGGUACAACUUAGGUUUUGUUUUUGUUCACAUGAAAUGUAUUGCAAGAUCUAAAAAAUAUUUCAAUGAAUAUUUGAAAAAAUAUUAAAAAAUAUGCAAUUAUUAUCAAAGAGACAAUGCCAAAAACUCGAAAACAAAUCACAGAUACAGAAUACUGCUUACCUUUUUCAAAUUUUCUGCUUGUUGGUAGAAACUCGUUUCUGAACAUUAAAUUUAAAUUCAGAAGAAACUCAUUCCAGAGGUUCUGGUUCCAUAUUAUAAAAUUCUUAAUUGUAUUUCUGUUAUUUAAUUUCAGAUUCUGUAUCCAAUUUGGGAUUCUCGAUUUUCGGUUAAAAUCAUCAUUAGCAAAAAGAAAUUAAAUGCUGUUUAAAAUUGAUUGAAAUUUGGGUUUGCAUUUUAUCAAAAGUUUAAUUAUUAUCUAUCGAAACUCAUCUAGAUAAUAAUUUUUCUAAUAGGAAAAAAAAGUCAAACUAUCCUUUGACUUUUAUUCAAAGUUCUUAAACUCCAUGCUUCAAAAUCCCAAAAAAAGUUUAAAACUCGUUCAUAUGCAGAAUUGAAACAUUAUAAAGCUUCAAAAUGACAAUCCAAAACUCUGUUUCAGAUCAAUAAUUUUUUUCAUCUCCAUCUCACUCUCAUUUUAAUUCAAAUUCGCAAUUCAGAUUAAAAUUUAAAAAAAAAAAAUAAUUAAUUCGAAUUGAAAUCCAAAACGUCAGUAUUCAAAGUAUAGAUUCAAGGUAAGAAUUCUGAAACAAAUUUCAAUUCUGGUUUCUUAAUAAAAAUGCUGAUUUGGAAUAAAAUUUCGAAAAAAGUUGUUUUUCUGUACAUUUAAGAAAUCGUUUUGAAAUUCGGAAAUAGGCCCAAAAUUUAAAUACUGAGUUCAGGUGCAAAAUUCAGUAUGAGAAUUGAUAUUCAAAAUUCAGAUACAGCCCGUAAAGAGUAUCAUAAUUAAGUUAAAAUCAUCAGGAUGACAUUAUUCAGCUAAAAUUUACAAAUUUAAAGUAGAAAUUGAGUUUUAAUUGUAAUUUUUAUAUGAAAAUAACCUGAUUUUAACUUUUUUUUUUAAUUAUACACGCGAUUUUA